AACCAGACUUCUGCUCUAGUGAUUUGUUGAAAAUAUCAUACGUCACUCUCUCAAAGAUCGGAACCGGAGGUGGUCAUUGGAAAUAUUGCACCACGUUAGGUGUACCCAACCAUGGAGUCAACGGAUAAGAACGAAGCUAUAAAGCUCUUUGUGGGGAACCUGGCUUUGGACACCUCUCAGGAGGACCUGACACAGCUCUUUGGGCCAUAUGGACAGGUGGUCACCUGCAGUGUACUCCGGCAGUUUGCCUUCAUCCAUCUUCAGGGAGAUGGUGCUGCUGAUCUAGCCAUAAGGGAACUGAAUGGACGGGAGUUCCGUGGCCGCAACCUGGUGGUUGAAGAGUCCCGCGGAAGGCCCAUGCAUUCCACCAAGGUCUUUGUGGGGAAUCUCAGUGCCAUGUGUUCUGCUGAGGACCUGCAAGAGCUCUUUCAGACCUUUGGGAAAGUUCUGGAGUGUGAUAAGGUCAAAGCGAGGCUCUCCUCCUCUGCGGGGUAUGCCUUUGUACACAUGGAGCGGAAGGAGGAUGCAGUGCAGGCUAUUGAGGCUCUCCAUGGGACCACCUUCAAAGGCCGACCGCUCUCUGUGGAGCUCUCCAAUGUGCAGCCCAGUAAUCCCACCACGACUACAGCAAAGGCCCCCAUCAUGAGUCACUAUGCCACUGAAAGCCCCUCCAUCAACCCUCAUAUGGAGCACCACCAGAGUCAGGCUGCUGUACUGGCUGCUGCCGUUGCUGCAGCUGCAGGUCUGCCUCUUCAGGUGCAGCAGAGCUUGCACAACUCUGUCUACAACACAACAAGCUUUGAUCCCACAUACGCUGCGCUAAAGGGCAUGACGGCAGCCAGCGCCACAGAUGGUACUCCAGUGAGCCCUGCGGUCUACGGUGCCCUCGCCAGCCAGGUGUACGGCUCUGUAGCGGAUCAGGUAUACGACUCUAUAGCCAACCAGGCCGCCAGCUAUCAGAAUUCAGCCACAUCGGACGCAGAAGGCUACGGUAACCAGUAUGACCCCACAGCUGGAGAGGCACCGUCAGCCCAGGCUGCUGUCAACCCGGCCUAUGGCGGAGCCUCGGCCCUCUACAACGCCAGCUCAGCCUAUGGCUCCAUGGGGGGUGCAGAACCCACUGCCCAGGCCAUCUUUGAGGCAGCACGGGCCCGCUUCUUCCAGCAGGGCCAGCAGGUUCUAGCGGAGCAGCAGAUGGGGACUAAGUCAGGGGACAGGGACCGCAGCCCAGUACGCCGCUCCACCCCACUGCUGCCUGACCCUGUGCCCCAGCCCUUCCCCCAGCCACGCCCCAAACGCCGCGCCCUCCUCCCAACGCCACCCGGCCGACCAGAGGACCCUGCUGCUGAUAGAGACCCCAUUGCCAGAUGCUAUGCAGAGUACUAUCAGCAGGUCCAGCAGUACCAACAGUACCAGCAGUACCAACAACAGUACCAGCAGUACCAAUAUGGCUACCCUCCUCCAGCCCCGACCCAGAUGCCCCCCACAAUGCCCAACUACCAGAUGCCAAUGCAGGCCCCGCCACCAACAGAGGCCCACACCCUGGAAGCGCCUGCUACCUACGCCCCAGCUAGAGCGUAUGAUCCGCCUCCAUCACACAAGGAGCCCCUCCUCCGCCGCCCUGACUACUCCCACAUGCCAGAGCACCGAUAACCCUUUACAUUGCAGUGUGAAUGUGUGUGUGUGUGUGUGAAUGUGUGGGUUUUGAGUGAUGUAGUUGUGGUCCAAAUGUGCAUCACUGCAAGUUUGCCCAUUUAUAAUUCCCCUGUUUUGCAUCUUCUCUUUUCUAAACACAAUUCUGACUAGUUGAUUUUUCACUUUAUAGUAUGCCUGGUUUUGCUUUGAUAGUAACGCUGCCCCAUAACGCAGUAAUCUAUAUUGUGAAGUCGUUAUGGUUUUAAGGAAGUGUAUGGUUGUGAUGCGUACUGGGGGCUCUGUAAUGACAGCUCUUCCUUACACAUCCCCGUCCCAUAAUCUGUCAAAUAUGCGAGAAUAUGAAUCCAUACCAGAGGAGUGCCUUGUUAAAAGCCUAGUUGAAAUAUAUUGUGUAAAAUAAAUGUGUAUAUUUUUGAGCGAUGAAGGAAGCACCCAAAUCGAUCCAUACAUUUUUUUAAACAGAGCCUUGCCUCUGUCCUCAAGGUGACUUUAGCUCAUCCAAAUUAGCCAUUAGUUCACAUACACUACAUGUCCAAAAGUAUAUGGACAGCCCUUCAAAUUAGUGGAGUCGGCUAUUUUAGCCACACCCGUUGUGGACAGGUGUAUAAUGGCUCAGUCGCGAAGUGGUAGUCAACGCAAGCUCACAGAAUAGGACUGCCGACUGCUGAAUCGCGUAAAAAUCAUCUGUCCUCGGUUGCUACACCCACUACCGAGUUCCAAACUUCCUCAGGAAGCAACGUCAGCACAAUAACUGUUUCUUCAGGAGCUUCAUGAAAUGGGUUUCCAUGGCCGAGCAGCCGCACGCAAACAUAAGAUCACCAUGCGCAAUUCCAAGCGUUGGCUUGAGUGGUGUAAAGCUCACCGCCAUUGGACUCUGGAGCAGUGGAAACACGUCCAGAUGAUGAAUCAGGCUUCACCAUCUGGCAGUCCAACGGACAAAUCUGGGUUUGGCGGAUGCCAGGGGAACGCUACUUGCUCAAAUGGUGGAGGAGGAAUAUUAGUCUGGGCUGUUUUUCAUGGUUCCGGCUAGGUCCCUUAUUUCCAGUGACAUCUUAAAGCUACAGCAUACAAUGACAUUCUAGAUUAUUCUGUGCUUCCAACUUUGUGGCAAAAGUUUGGGGAAGGCCUUUUCUUGUUUCAGCAUGACAAAGCUCCGUGUGCACAAAGCAAGGUCCAUACAGUAAUGGUUUGUCGAGAUCAAUUCUGUGCUUCCAACUUUGUGGCAAUAGUUUGGGGAAGGCCCUUUCCUGUUUCAGCAUGACAAAGCUCCCUGUGCACAAAGCGAGUUCCAUACAGUCAGAGCCCUAACCUUAACCCAUCCCUUUGGGAUGUUGGCCUAAUCGCCCAACAUCAGUGCCCGACCUCACUAAUGUCUUGUGGCUGAAUUAGAAGCAACAUCUACUGGAAAUCCUUUCCAGAAGAGUGGAGGCUGUUAUAGCAGCAAAGGGGGGACCAACUCCAUAUUAAUACCCAUGAUUUUGGGUAUCCACAUACUUUUGGCCAUGUAGUGUAUAUAGUUUAGAGCUUAAUUUUUCCAUUGGCCAGAUUUUGUUUUUUAAAUUUAUAUUGCCUUCAACGAAGACCUUGAUAUGAAAAGUCACUGUUCCAAUAUGUUCCAGCGUAUGUAGAUCUUUGGUUAAUAAAAUGGUUAAAGGUUUUAGAGCUUGUGUUUAGAAAAAAAAAAUAGAAAAAAAUGUAAAGCAAGGGGCAAAGUAUCUUACAUGUAGGCUAAUUUGGACAUGAGGACCAGUGUGACUGUAUGUGUGGACACUUGUGAACAUUCUAGGGGAUCAAUUUAAGCAUGAUGCCUUCACUUUUUAUACCAAUCACAGGAAUACACAUUCACACCUCAGUCAUCAAACUUUCUCUCCAUAAUGUCUGGGGCUUUGGGAGCGAGACCCAGGCGCUUUGCUGCAACAACAUUACACGUCUGCUGGAGUGCAAAACUCACUUUUCUCUGGCCUCUGGGAAUGUAGUCCUUCCCCACGUCUCACAUGACCUCCCGUUGGAACUGAUCAAAUGUAUCAGAUAGAAAUCCAACCAAGCAAACCACUUUAAGAUUAGACAGGCUAGCUUUAAACUCGCAUUUUCUGGGGAACUCGUUUUUUUAUUUGCAGACAGUGAUGCAUGAAUGCUUUCUAUUAUUAUACCAUGAAUACUAGCCUAGUGACUUAACUGGUUUCACCUCUGUUUGGUUUAAAUGGAAAUGUGGAAAGCUCUGCUGGUGGCAAGUGCAUGCAGAGGGCUUCCUUUAAGCAUACCUUUCAGGAUCUGAGGGUAAUCAACUGCCAUUUUGGGCCUCACCUUUUCUCCAAAGGACAAAAACUAGUGGGCUUUUCACACACAGUACAUUGUGUGGUUUGACCUUGUUCAGGACAAACAUUUUCCUUUUCUUUGUUUUCUUUUGGUUUAAGUGAACUUCCUGUGCGAUCCUGAUCAUAAUAUUCUGUGAGAGUAUUUACUUCAAUUGGACCAUCAAAUUAACGAAUUGUCUUAAAUGGAGCCAUUAGGCUCUCCAGGUUUGAUGGAAACUUAUUGGUUUCUAUUAUUCAGUAUGUAACCUAUUGAAACCUUAAGCCUCAAGCUUAAGUAAUAAAAGUAGGAGUGACUUGGUUUGAGAAUAAAACAACAUGCGGCUGUAUUUUUUUAUAAUUUAAAAUAGGAAAUGUUUUCCCUAUCGGGUUAAUUAUUAGACAUGCGAUUAAACAUGAUAUUAAAUCGUUUCCAUGUUUUUUUUCCAAAGGAUUUACUAAUUAUUUCAACCUUUCACGUCUGAAGGGAAACACUUUAAACAAAGAUUAUCCCAUUCCUGUGAACUAUGACAAGAUCAUUUCAAACAGUUCUCAAUUGGGCUCUAUCACUUGGUCUCAGCCUAGCUCUUCAUUACACCUACCUCAGAACAUGCCACAAACCUCAUGGCGAUGUUUGUUAGUUUGUCGCCGUGGGUGUCAGAAGAACAGUUGAAGGCGAUCAUAUCAUUAGAAUGAGAAAUGUUUGUCGCCUUGCUGCGUCACAGUAUUUGGAUGUAGAAGUGAGCUGUAGACUACAGUUGGUUAUGGAUUGGUUUUAAUUUCUGAUAGGAACAUUUUUAAUCGUUAUCUCAUUCUUUCUGGUUACCAUGAUAACAUGCACCUGCUUAUUGCACGUAUAUUCGUUGAUAUGGCUUUCUGUGAUGUUUUAAAACUGUAGUGCAUGACAUUGUUACUGUUAUUGCUCUUCCAGCUACGUUUUCCCUUCUCGCUAAUUAUUACAGCUAAAAUGGCUCCUGGGUCCCUGGACGCCAUGUUGUGUGUGACGGGGGAAGAAAAUUAGUCGCGCAAUGCCGUGGACGCAGUCCCCACAAAGGUAAAGCCCUCUGCCCCCGACCACGCCUGCACUUCGACCAUACACUUCCCUCAUUGACCCCACUCCUCCUUCACAACGAGGCACCCCAUUUUAUUAUUUAUUUGAGGUCUGUGAUGCUGGAAGCCCAACAAACUAUCACAAGACAACUAGUUUACAAGAACCCAGGGCCUGAAUGUCUGGGCUUGUCCAAUGGGUUAGUGAGGCCACACUCCCCUCAUUGUAGUUGUAGUACUGCUACUAGUAUGGUUGAUAAGGGUAAUCCCCACAAGGCACAUACACUAUUGAGCCUUUUGCAGACCCAACUGAUCUGGGUUGACGCUAGAUGUGCCUGUAAAAUAGUCCAGUCAUGGCUCUAUCUGAGGCCAUCUUCCUUUUUCCGAAAUUAGACGACCCCCAUCAACAUUAGUCAUGGAUUUUUCUUAUUUUCUUUAAUUCUAUUGAUGUUUUUAAAGGAAUAAUUUUGCCAAAUUGAAAUGAAUCACACUGUAUAUUGUCAUUAAAUUAAUCUUCAAUUAAUCACAGAAAUGGGUUUUAAACCUGUACUCAAAACAGAUUUAAGAAACUUAAGUUAUUGUAAUUAAGGGUGGUCAGAUUGGGGAAUGCUGGAGUUGUUGCGUAUGCUUGUGUUGUGGCAUAUUUUUCUGAGGUAUUUCCAGUGAGACAAGAUGUGCAUUCACGCUCAAAACUGAGGCGUUCCAGCUGUGCUUUGAACGGCUAAGGACGCAGUGGUACGCAAAAGGCCAGAUGAACGGAGGGAGGGAGGUAGGGCUAUCGACCUCUGUCCCACGCAUGCUGGGUGAGUAACCAAUGCACCACUGCCCCGCUCAAAUUCACCUACCCCCCUUCAAUCUGCAGCACAACGCCCAAACCCUCUCACUCUGAUCCCAUAACCAGUAUAUCUACAGGCCUACAACACCCCGAGAACAUUCCACAGCUGCGUUAGCUUAGAAGAUAUGGAUGUCAAGAGGACAACAUUCAGUAUUCUACGUUCCCUGUCUAGUUUAAGUAAAUUGUACAUAUCCUAAUCACCCUGUUAAAUUGUCUGAUUACAAUUUUCAAACAUUGAUUGGGAACCUUAAUGUAAUCAUGUGGUUGAUUUAAGAUAUAUUAGGCUGUUUUUACACAGGCAGCCCAAUUUGGAUCUUUUGCCAAUAAUUGGGCAGAAGAUCAGAAUUGGGCUGCCUGUGUAAAUGCAGCCAAACACCAAAAUUCCACCAUAUUGUUUUUGUUAAGUUUGUAUUGCUGUGUUUAUUGAGGACUUCAGUGGCCUCCCUCAAUGAAUGAGAGCUGGACUAUAUCGGCCUACGAUACACCGUGCACGGUUUCAAUCAAAGUCCCCUUACCUAUCUGUCACGUUAUCGUUUCCAAUUGGCACUAAUCGUAUCACUACUCAACAAUUUUUCUUCCAGUUUCCCAAUCUUUCGUCCAUUGGAAUUCCUGACAUUUUUACAGAGACUUGUUUGAACGCAUGUGGAUUAGGACUGAAAACUAUAUGUAAGACCAAGCUUUAUGAGAAAUCAGGGAAAAUACUGUACAUCUGUAGAUUACUGUUAUUUGUCCAUUACAGAAAAUUAAAGACAGAUUGCAGAACCAUUUAUUGAAAGAUAUCGAAAUGAAUCACCUGAUUCUUAAUUGAGAAUUUGUUUUAAUUUGUAGCUGUCAAAUUCAUUUCAAUGAAGACACGUUGUUCUUUGUAAGUCUCAAUAAAUGACAUUGAAACAA